AUGCAAGAAACGUUGGAUAUACGUACGAGCGAGGUUUCCAGAGAAAAAAGGGCAAAAGAAAGAAUGGAAGAUGAUUUUCAUCAAUUUGAGGAAGAACUCGUUCUAAAAAAUGAGGAUCUUCACAACGCUAACGAAGCAUUGAGAAAUGCAACCGAUAACAUUAAAAAAUUGGAGACUAAGUUAAAGGACAAAAAGGUUGCAUUUGAUCAAAUGCAGAAGGAAUUGAGCAGAGUGUCGAUGAAAAAUUUAAAUCUUCAAACGGAUUUGGAAAAUGCCAAUGUACAAAUCGAUGUAUUGGACAAAGAUAUUAGCGACAAGGAGAAACAAUUUAGAACGCUUAGGAAUGAACUUAAUAGAGCUAAUGAAAGGAGUACGAGAAAUAAAUCGGAUAAGGAUAUAUUGGAGAAAAAAUUUUUAAAAAUUGAUUAUGAAAGAAACCGACUCGAACAAGAAUUAAAACAAGCAAUAACGAACAUAAAGAACGUUGAUUACGAGAUAGCAACAUUUCAAAGACAGCAAUUCAAGGAUAAGCAACAGUACGAGGCAUUGAUGCGCGAUAAGAAUAUCUUAGCAAGGACUAAUGAGAACUUGAAGGAGCACGUUAGAAAUCUUGAUCACGAAAUGGCUGUCGACGAUUACAUAAGCGAGAUUAAGCUGAAGCAAGUAGAAAUCAUGGACUAUAAGAAACGACUAGAUGAGUCCGAGGUAAAGUACCGUCAGCAGCAGAACUUAUUCGAGGUCGUUCGGAGUGAGAGGAAUGCUUGCAGUAAAAGCUUAUUGGAAGCUCAGGAAGAUGUUCAGGAACUUAAGAGCAAGUUGCAAAUCAUGACUCAACAAAUUGAACAAUUGAAAGAGGAUAUUGCCACGAAGGAGGCCGACUUGAUUAAGAAAGAAUUUGUACUUGGGAGAACCGAAAGAGAAAAGGAAACCUUAAAGGUAGAUCUUCAAUCUGCUCGUAAAGAUAUCUCAGAUUUGAGACGUGAAAUCGAAGAAAUGAAGCAAGAGGAAAAGCGUCUACGACAGACGAUUUUAAAAGCAGACAGAGACAUAGCUCGUCAUAAGAAAGAUAUCGACAAUGUCAUGAACGAACGCGAUAUUCUUGGUACGCAAUUGGUUAGGCGAAAUGACGAGCUCUGUUUGCAAUAUAACAGGAUCAAGAUAUUGAACGGUACACUGCAACGUGGCAAGCAACAAUAUAACGAACGUCUUGAAGAUAUCAGAUUGCUCAAACUAGAAGUUAACAAGCUCAGAACCGAGAAAGUUUUACUGACCAAAAGUAUAGAUAAUACUUCGGAUAUGCGUCAUGAGAUUUUUCACUUGAACAGAGAUCUUACCAAAGAAAGAUUAAAGGUCAUGGCUUUGGAAGAAGAAGUUCAAACACCGUUGAAUAUUCAUCGUUGGCGAAAACUCCAAUUCUCCGAUCCAUCGGCUUAUGAAAUGUUGAACAAAAUUCAGAUUCUUCAAAAGAGAGUUAUCAAGAUGUCGGCCUUGAUAAUUGAUAAGGAAAAAAGAGUACAAGACACCGAAAAAUUAUACAUGAAUCUUCGUGAGAUUUUGGUUAAACAACCAGGACCACGGAUAACUAUGGCCUUGAAUAAAACUCAAAAAGCAUUGAGAAAAAGAGGAAAUAAAAUGAAGUGCCUCGUAUCGGAAUUGAACAUGUAUCAAGUUGAAAUAAACGAAUACAAAUUCGAUGUCGAACGGAUGAGUAAAGAGAUGUGCGAGUUGAAGAUGAAAUAUUACGCACAGAAAAGGAAAUUACAAAAGGAGAAGGAAACGAGAUCGAAGUCCUUGACAGAAUCAAUACUACCAGCUUUACCGAUAAAACAAAAGAAAUUCUUUGGGGGUGGUUUCAAUAUGACAACUCCUACGCCAAGAACGUCUUUUAUCUUGGAUUCUGCAUAG